GGCAGAAACAUCUCCUCUCGUACAGUGAAACAAGCAAAGGAAUACAACAAAAACACCAAACAAUAACUGGAUUAUACUUUUGACCACACACGUUAACUGGAUUUUACCAUUUCGGAGCUUUUCUGGAGACUUGUGGAUUACUAUUAUUUGCAAGCAAAAUGACCCUGGAAGAAGUCGUUGGAUGCAAUAUUACUGAUAAAAAAAUGGACACCGUGAGCCAAGCAUUAGAGGAGCUGCUGGUAGCAGCACAGAGACAGGACUGUCUUACAGUCGGGGUUUAUGAAUCGGCAAAACUAAUGACUGUAGAUCCUGAUUGUGUCGUACUGUGCGUUCUGGCCACCGAUGAGGAGGACCAGGAUGAUAUUGCGCUGCAGAUUCACUUUACGCUUCUUCAGGCGUUCUGCUGCGACAACGACAUCAACAUCCUGCGGGUGUCCGGUCUGAAACGUCUUGCGCAGGUGCUCGGCGAGCCAACCAUCUUAGAUAACAGCGAGCCGAGAGACUUCCACUGCAUCCUAGUCACUAACUCUCAAUGCCAACCACUGAAAUGCCAAGCACUGAAGGACGUGGGCAACUACUGCGAAGAGAGCCGUUGCAAAAACCAGUGGAUCCCUUAUCUGUCCCUACAAGAACGUUGAAUAACUCGCGAUGCCGUUGCUGCAAUAUAAGAAUGAAGUCAUUCUCUACGAAUGAAAGCAGAUGAGCUCCGCAACAGCCGCCGUUGACUGCUGCGUCAUGUAAAGGGGCUGAAAGAGAGAGUGGAGCUCUUGGAACUGUGCGCACGGUACAUUCCACCCUGCCCCUGCAUCUUAUCCUCCGUGGGGAAACAGUGGUUGUCUUGGUAGCGGAUGAACAGAGUCGUCCGGUGGCACGAGCUGUGUUGGAAGAACUUGGUUUCAUAUGUGCGAUGGGUUGGAAAGCCAGUGUGCGUCAGCGCAAAUCUACAUUUAGUUCACUAUUCCGUUUAUGUGGACAUUAGUAACUAUGAACUGUAGUAGCCUUUAUGUCAAGCUACAAUUGGACAGCAAUUGCAACUGUUGAGAAGUGUUGUGGAUUAAAAUCAAUAUAGUAUUUAUUUAUUUGAGUAAUUGACAAAUACAUACUGUGAAUUGAAUAGCUGCAAGUUAAAUCUAGUAAUUUAAAUAGGAGUAAUAUAUGUAUUUUUUUGCUCUUGUCAAAUGCAACCUUGUUUCAAUAAAUGUUUGAGAAUUGGA